CAAAUUGAAAUGCAGGUAUUGGAACACAACGAAAUCCCAGAAGUGGAAGCCCCUGAAUUGCCUGCACCGCAACCAGGAGAGCAAAUUGAAAUGCAGGUAUUGGAAUACAACGAAACCCCAGAAGUGGAAGCCCCUGAAUUGCCUGCACCGCAACCAGCAAUUGAACAAGCCUGUGGAGGGGAUGCGAAUCCAUCUUCCUCAGAUUAUCAGGAGGAUUUUGACAUCAGACCAGCCACUACAAAGACUGUGGAAGCUGGUAAAUCUGAGGAGCAGGUGGAGGUUGAAGAGAUUUCGGUGCCCAGUAACAAAGGAGCUAAAAAAGCUGAAGAAGAAGAGAAGGCGCCUGAGCCUGACAUGGUUGUCGCAGAGGAAGGGGAAGAAGAGGUGUUUGAUACCAGACUUUAGUUCUUUGUUUUCGAACCAAGUCUACAAGAGCCAAAAACAUUGCCAUUAGUAUGGAGACCGCGAGUGCUAGAGAAAAACUAGAAAAAGUUCAAAGAAAAGGGAAAAAAUAAUUCUA